AUGCUCCUUGACCCUAAUACACAAUGGGCGUCCCGUUUCCCCUAUAUAAUCGUCACCGCACAACCUGCACGUGAUACGAUACACCACUCCCGAUAUCAUGCAAUCACCCUCUCUUCCAUACGGGGAAACCACGCAGCUGGGAGUUGUGCAGAGUCGAUCAUACACACGGUUACGUACCAGCUGACCUUUGGGCAAGAGAACAGAAUAGCUGAGCAAGUAUCCUUACCCUCCAUACCUUUCCCGCGUAUGAUGUAUAAACCACCUGAACCCAACCCCACGGUAGACAACAAGUUUCGAGUGUUCGCAACAUCGGUGUAUUCCGUUUUGGAGCGUUUCUCGAGAAAACACGUAAAUUUCAAUCUAACUGUCGCGCAACGUCGAGGCCUACGUGAGAUUCGCAAUCUUAUUACAGCUGGAGAAAUCAAGGUUUCCGUUAGUGAUAAGGGAGGCGAAUUUGUUGUCCUAUCACGUGAACUAGACAAGGCGAUAACGAGACAACAUCUUGAGGAUGACAGUCUAUAUGUCCCAUCUUCCGCCAAUGAGUUUAGAAAGCAAUAUCGCCGCCUAAACAGGGUUUGGGUAGAAACGGCUGGAACAACAGGGCUCCCAAAAAUCUUUAUUACGCGUCUCAAGAACGACUUACCCGCAUGUCCAGUCCUAUACACGCUAAUCAAAACUCACAAGCUCUCUGAAAAUGGCCUCACUUCGAACGAUCCACGUGACUUUAAAGUGAGGCCUAUCAUUAGUGGUAUCGGGGGCCCCACGGAUAGAAUUUCCUGGCUGCUCAACAUAAUCCUAAAUCAGCUGCUCAGAUAUGUCCCUGCCCACCUCAGCAGUUCUAGCAACUUCCUAAAACAUCUCCGCAGUACCUCAUUUGAGUGUGAAUGUGUAGUAGAGACCUUUGACGUUACGUCACUCUAUACGAACGUUUCAAACGAUGUAGCGAUGCAGGCUGUUCACGAACUGCUCACGCAGCGCCAGGCUUCUUUGAACAUGUAUGGAUUCAGCAUCAGGCAGAUCAUGACAUUGAUAAACGAAUGCCUGAAUUGCUCUAUUUUCCGAUGGUCGGGACAGUACUACCGACAACUUAGAGGCCUAGCUAUGGGACAAAGGCUGGCACCCACUCUCGCCAUUGUUUUCAUGGCCAAGAUCGAAAAGCCUAUAAUAGACCGCAAACCACUGCUGUAUUAUCGUUACAUAGAUGAUUGCUGCGUCGUCUGCUCAACCCAAGCAGAACUAGACGCGUGCUUCAAUCUUCUCAAUCAGCAGUGUCCGCACAUUAAGUUCACAAGGGAGAGACCGAUAGACAACUGGUUGGCUUUCCUGAAUGUGCACAUUUACUUGCGGAAUGGGAUAUGUAAGACUAAGUGGUACCGGAAACCCAGUAGUAAAAACAUCUUAAUCCACUAUCUUUCAGCGCAUCCUAGCAAAAUGAAAAAAAAAUCUGUUAUAGGUAACGUGUACAGGACGGCGGCAAGAGUCUCAUCGAGUAGCCAGGAAAAAACAUGGUCUAUAAAUGUGGCCCAUAAAGUAGCAAUGUCCAAUGGGUACCCAGCUGGAGAUGGUGCUACCCGACAAGCACGGUAUCCCUCUCGAAGACCCAACGUAGUGGAUGGCCCAGAGAAGAUCCCUUUCUGUUUACCUUAUAUAUCUGAUGAUAUGAGCAGAGCAGUACGGGGCUGUCUACGAAAAGCGGGUCUAGGGAAUGACGUGAGGGUUGUGGAAAUACCUCCAGCAAAUCUCAAGGGUCAGCUGGUACGUAACCGUGUGUAUGAUCGACUCUGCACAACUCCCAGCUGCGUGGUUUCCCCGUAUGGAAGAGAGGGUGAUUGCAUGAUAUCGGGAGUGGUGUAUCGUAUCACGUGCAGGUUGUGCGGUGACGAUUAUAUAGGGGAAACGGGACGCCCAUUGUGUAUUAGGGUCAAGGAGCAUCUAGAUGGACUCGCAAAAUCAAAAACCUUCACCCCACUUGGAGCACACCGUAGAAUAUGUCAUCCAAACUCCGAAGUAGAGGUAGAAGUUCGUAUAUUAUCCUACGAGUCCGAAAUCACAGCACGCAGAACGCUAGAGGCCUUUUGGAUAACCGCCAAAAGUCCAAAAAUGAACAAGAAGGAUGACUGCAUUGCGAUCACAAACGAGUUAUCCCCGUAUCAAGACCUAUGCGGAUUUUGA